AUGUGUGUUGAUGGUGAUCUCAAAGAGAUAUAUUUACAUGACCGUGUAAGGAAGCUUCUUGGCUGCUUUGCACCAUUGACUGGAUGGAGACAUUGCUUAUCUUCACUUUCUGAUCUUUUUGAGAAUGGCUACUCCCAGUACCUUCAAUAUCUACAAGACCAAGAGGAAGACUUCAACAGCAUAUUUCAGCGGAGGUGUACUGGGGAUGAAAUUAAGGAAGUUUUCUUGUACAGAAAUGGCGAAUCUGAUUCCAGAGACUAUAGUAUGAUGAAACAUUGGAAGACAAUAGUUACUCUUGGCAAACGUAUCAUUCGCGAUUUCUGUAUUGAAAGUGCUUCCAUAAUUUUCUGUACUGCAUCUAGCUCGUCAAAAGUAACUAACAAAAAGGUAGAGUUGCUUGUCAUUGAUGAGUCUGCGCAAUUGAAAGAAUGCGAAACACUGGUACCUCUGCGUUUGCGGACCUUCAAGCAUGCUGUUCUAAUUGGUGAUGAGUGCCAAUUGCCAGCAACAAUCAAAAGCAAGGUUUGCACAGAUGCAUUAUUUGGAAGAAGCCUUUUUGAAAGAUUGAGUUCUCUUGGGCACGAAAAGCAUCUGCUCAAUAUGCAAUACAGAAUGCAUCCAUCCAUCAGUAUUUUCCCAAACCUCAGCUUUUAUGACGGGAAAAUCUCGGAUGCUCCUAGUGUCACGGAAAGAGAACAUGAAAAGAAGUAUCUUCCAGGUUCUAUGUUUGGUCCUUACUCUUUUGUAAAUAUUGAAGGAGGGAGGGAGGAAUCCGAUGAACUUUGUCAUAGCAGAAAAAACUUGAUUGAAGUGGUUGUUAUUGAGGAAAUACUGCGCAAUCUCCGGAAAGCUUGCUCUAAAGCUAAAAGGAAAGUUUCGGUUGGUGUCAUAUGCCCAUACACUGCUCAAGUUCUGGCAAUUCAAGAAAAACUAGGGAAAAUGAAGUUCGACCCUGUACAAGUAAAAAUUAAUUCUGUUGAUGGGUUUCAAGGUGGUGAGGAAGACAUAAUCAUUUUAUCUACUGUGAGGUCUAACUCAGAUGGGUUGGUAGGUUUUCUUUCAAACAGACAGCGCACAAAUGUGUCUUUAACACGAGCAAGAUAUUGCCUUUGGAUUCUUGGAAAUGCAACAACCUUAUUAAGCAGUGGUUCUAUCUGGGCUGAUCUAGUUUGCAAUGCGAAGGAUCGGCAGUGCUUCUUUGAUGCAAGUAGCAACAAGGCUCUCGCGCGCGUGAUUGCUAAACAAAAGAGUGAUCUCAAUAGAGUUGAAGUUAAAAACAACACACCUCUCGUUCAGGUACAAUCUCAAAGUGGUCCGAAUGAACAAGGCUCUUAUUCGAUGAGUGUUUCAUUUGAUGCUGGGAACCCACCGAGCAAUAUUGCUACCGUUGCUGACUUGCAGUGCCCGGGAGAUCAAAAGGAGGAUGCAGAUGAUAUCACUGCCUGCUUACUCGACCUCAAACUCAGCUAG